ACCACCACCACCACCACCAUCAUCAUCAUCAUACUUUUUUUCUUCCACGAGACAGGACAGGGGUGUGCGCCCACCGUGUCGCGGGUGUAUGUGCGUGCAUUUGUCUCCCGGUUUGGAUCACGAUGAUGCAAAGUGCGGCGGUCCUACCGACAGAGAGUCCUGUGAAGAGUUUACCGGAGAUUCUCGGAGUGCCACUGCAACAGAUCCCUCAGUGUGCCGGCUGUAGCCAACACAUCCUGGACAAGUUCAUCCUGAAGGUGCUGGACAGACACUGGCACUCCAAGUGCCUCAAAUGCGCCGACUGCCAGACUCCGCUGGCGGACAAGUGUUUCUCCCGAGCAGGAGGCGUCUACUGCAAAGAGGACUUCUUCAAGCGCUUCGGAACAAAAUGUGCAUCAUGCCAACAGGGGAUCCCUCCGACGCAGGUUGUGCGGAAGGCGCAGGACUUUGUGUAUCACCUGCACUGCUUCGCCUGCAUCAUGUGCAGCCGGCAGCUGGCCACCGGGGACGAGUUCUACCUCAUGGAGGACGGGAGGCUGGUGUGCAAGGUGGAUUAUGAAACAGCAAAGCAAAACGACGACUCGGAGGCGGGGACCAAGCGACCGAGGACCACCAUCACCGCCAAGCAGCUGGAGACCCUCAAAAGUGCCUACAAAAACUCGCCGAAGCCAGCACGCCACGUCAGAGAGCAGCUGUCCUCCGAGACGGGACUAGACAUGAGAGUCGUGCAGGUUUGGUUCCAGAACCGACGAGCAAAGGAGAAGCGCCUGAAGAAAGACGCAGGUCGACAUCGCUGGAGUCAGUUUUAUAAAAGUGUCAAACGCAGCCGAGGAGGAGCCAAAGUGGAGAAGGAGAGCUCGGCUGACGACGCAGGCCUCAGCGACAGCGAGCUGAGCUUCAGAGACGACCAGGUCCUGUCCGACCUCGGCCACACCAACGGCUCUACGGAGCGUCGGGGACAUGACCAGCAGCGUGGUGCUGAACGGGGCUUCUCGGUGGACGCGGCGGGCCAGCCUUACCACGACAUCCGAGCAGGGAGCCCCUACGCUCCCCAGUCGCCCUCCUCCAUCACCUCUCUGUCCGGCCACACCCCUCUCCUCAACAACCUGGGCUUCAACAUGGACAGUCUGGUGGUUGCAGGGGGGCGCCGGGGGGUGGGGCAGGCUCUGAGGGCCAUGGCCGGGGGCCCCACCUCGGACCUCUCGACAGGCAGCAGUACGGGCUACCCGGACUUCCCCACCAGCCCGGCCUCGUGGCUGGACGAGAUGGACCAUUCCCAGUUUUGAGGCUCGAACAUCGGGCAGAAAACGAAAAACAGACUCACAAGGCUUUUUUUUUUACAUUCUUUCUUUCACCCUCCAAGACUAAUGUGAUGCAGGUGAAGAGACAGAAGGAAGAGAAGAAGUGUGACUCUCAGUCCCUCCUCAGUGAGGUGCGACCGCCCGGGGUCCAGAUGGGUCCGUCCAGAGGAAAGCAGCGAGAAGCUCCGCCGACACAACACUGUAUCACACGACUUUAUUUUGUUCUUUCACUCUCUGAAAAUGAGAAUGGAUUUCAAUAUGUCGGUGGAACUACACUCGCAGGGAGGUAAUAUUGUCUCGUCCUCCC